CCAUGAGAUCUGUAUCUGAAUUUUCCUCAUCCAUUACCGAUAUUUAGAACUGUGAGAUGAGAUGUGAAGAUGAGCAAAGUGCCGAAGCAAAGUCCGGUGAAGUGGUGGUCAAGAAGGAAAAGAUAGGGAAUGGAAAUAUCUUCGAUUUCGACGUUAACAAGAGCGAUGGGAUAUCCAAUGAUAGCCAUAGCCUUCCAUCAUUCAUGGACGACACAUCUGACAUGAAUUCAGAAAUUGUCCUCAGACCUCAUGAUGGUUUUGAGAAGAAGAGAGUGAUUUCUGCUGUCAUAGUCCCAUCAAAGGGCUACUUCACACCUAAAAGGAUACAUUCUACAUCAGACUUACAAAGUUUACAGGGUGCGAGCAAUGGGUUCCUGGAGAGCAAUAAGAAAAACUAUACGGUACCAAGGGGUAACUCCAACGGAAUCAACGGAAAUCUAUCCACGUUUUCUACUGGAGAUAUUGCAGAUAACAAUAAUUUGGAGGAGAAGAACAACUAUCAUUUGAAGAAUCGACUAUCACCCUUAGUGUGUCCGGUGUGGAAUGGGGGUAACGUCAAUAAAGCCUUCUCCAUUUGUGACUCUACUGAUUAUUCCCCAAGAUCUCCAGGAAUGUUUUCAGUAAUAGCCACUCCACAUCCACCAGACAAUCCGACAUCUACAAUCAACAAGAAGAGAGCUUUCUCAGACCUCUUGGUCAAGAGUCUCAGUCUUAUGUAUGCUGUAUUCAAUGUGACAGUUGGCUUGGCAGUUUUCAUCGCUGAUAUAAUAUCUGACACUCCUCAAAUCACUGCAGAAAUAUUCAGCUUGAUAUUGGUAGUCAUCGCAGCAAUUUACAUCAUCUACCUGACCAUAGAUGUUUCGAUAUAUUUGCACAAGAAAGAGAGGUACGAGAGGCUGCUAGAGAAAAAUAUACCCGACGAUAUAGAAUUGACAGAAACGCCAGAAGGAUUUUAUCAAUUCAACAUAACGUUGCCAGAAGUUACAAAGUUGGGCCAAUCGAUCAAGCAUGACUACUGCUUCAACAAGGACAGGCAUUCGUCGAAUUUUUUUCUGAAAGUUGGUGCCACAGCUUUCUGCAUGGGACACUUAAUCCACUCCGGACUCAUCUUGGGAUAUCAGUUCGUUUUCCUCAGUGCUGGUAACAACAGAUUUUAUGAGUGUGCAUCAGCUCCCACAUUGAUAUUGGACUUUAUAUAUCCUCUGUAUUCUUUCUUGCUGCUUUUUUUCAUCUACAAGUAUUCGAACGUGAUAAUUAACAGGAAUGCGGUACUCGCCAGAUUUGGAAUAAUGCAUUGCUUAUCGUCAAGUAUCUGCUUCUGGAUAUGGACUAUUUGCAGAGAAGUAUUGGAGGCGAUCGCUAGCAAGAAAUAUGACACCUAUGCAGAUUCAGUGAUUGCUACGGAAGUACCUGAUAUAGAUUUAGAGACUGAUUCAGUACAUAUCUCGCCAAGACGGUUCACACAGAUAUGCGAUAAUGAGAAAGGGAGCAUGAAAACGAUCUAUAAGGAUAUUUCUCCAUAUUUGUACCCAUUCAGCGUGGAAUUCAGUAUUCUUGUGGUAGGAGUAUUGUACCUGGUUUGGCAGAAUAUUGCAAUAUGCGAGGCAGCAGACGAGGACGAAGCUGCGACGACACAGUGCAAAAAGACGCUUUCUAAUGACGUAGACAGUACUGAGAGCAACGUGGCUAUACACGCCGACUGUCAGGCGUCCAACAAGGGUCUAUUCGGAGGCAUAGUCGUGCUGGUGUUGGUAUUCGUCGCCUGCAUUUUGUUUUUCAUGGUCUAUUAUAUGGAUGACGAGAAUGAUGCAGAAUUGGGAAUAACAGCAACAUUAUCCACAUCUAUUUUCGUAUUAUCUGCGAUGAUCAUCGCUUGCAUUUUUGGAUAUCGACAGAUAACGAAACUGGAUUUGAAUUCUGCUCAUCACAAUCUGCUAGACGACGUUCUCUUGUUCAUCUGUAUGCCUGCCUUCUUCCUCAAUGGUGUAUUCAGUUUGAUAGCAUCUAUCGAGUAUUCCAACGUCAUUGGAAUACUCAAUAUAGUUGUAGAGAUAAUACAAGUUUUGAUACAAACCAUCUUCCUUCUUGACGGCAUGAGAAGGUCCAGUAACACCAGGAAGCUAAGGAAGAAGAAACCUGGAAGAGAGCUUGUAACGUUCCUGAUCAUCUCCAACAUAGCCUUGUGGCUGAUGCAAACUUUUGAAGUGAAGGCCCAUGGUAUCCAAGACAACAGAUACAGCUUCUACGGCAAAGAGAUGUGGACGAUUCUAGGACAUCUAUGUUUGCCGUUGAUGAUGUUUUACAGAUUCCACUCUUCGGUUUGUUUCGGGGAUAUCUGGAAGUACGCCUAUGAACCGUCAGGGCACUAAAGAUUGAUUGAUUCCUACUAGCAUCAGAACCAGGACCAUCAGAACCAAUGUAGAUGUCUCUAAUGAUCAUUGAUAUUUCAAAAUCGUGUCAUAAAUGUUCCUUCGAUCUUUUUUUCACUCUGAAAAAAGUAAUUUCUGAAAAUUGUGUACAGUGGGUUGAUAUUCACUGAUCACCUCCGUAAUUGUCGUCAAUUAUGUCUCAAUGAAAUAAUUCAUUCCAACAAGAUUUAUAUCAGAAUAUUCAUUUUUUAUAAUCAACACAAUGUAUUCUACAAGCUGUUCGAUCAAUACUCAUUAAAUAUUGAGAACCUCAUGUGAUAAACAUG